AUGAGUACUAACAAAGGACCAACCGAUAUUGCCUCCACUUCGGGAAUCAAACCGGUUGAUCAAACAGUUCUUACUCAUGUUCAAAGGUCUCCUGAGGUUCAAGAUUUUAAAUUCAAAUCUCUUGAUGACUUAGCAGACCUUCUUGAUAAGAAACUUUCUGGUUUAAAUAUUAUACCAAUUGAUUUAUCAAAAAAAUUUGCUGAUAAAAUUGAGACUGUUUCCGAUUACAAAACUGAAACGUGGUCAGAGAUUAAUAAGCUCAAGGGUUUAAUUAAACCCAAUAGCUUUACUGGCCAGCUUCGUGGCUGGUGGGAUAACUAUCUAUCUAUUGAAGAAAAGGAAACGGUUAUUAAUGCGACCGCCAUUGACGAAGGGGUUGAUAAUAUAGGCAUGGCUCUUGUUAAAGGAAGAGAAGAUGUUGUUUAUACCCUUAUCCUUAUAAUUCUAGAACAUUUUAAUGGUAGAUUUACCAAUCAGCAUGAGACCAUCCGUACUUUACUAAAUGGGCUUAGAUGUAGGACCCUUAGUGAAUUUAGAUGGUACAAAGAUACUUUUAUGAGUAGGGUUAUGGAGCUACGCGAAAACAAGUAUGAACAUUGGAAAGCUAAGUUUAUAGACGACCUUCCCUCCGUAUUCGCUGAAAGAGUAAGAAAAGCGUUAAGAGGUAGUUACGGUGAAAUUCCACAGCUUAAGAUUGAUAAGCUUAAAGAGAAAUCCCAAUUAGGUGACUUCUGUACCCAGUUCGGUUUACCCGGAACCUCUACUCAAAGUAAGAAGAAGAAGAAAAACAGAUAUCAUAGGUAUCCUAACCCUGAUAUCCCGUAUAAGAAAAUGAGGUCUAGAUAUAGAUCUAAGGAAGAGCGUGAUACUAGAAAAGCACAUCGAAAAUCUACUCGAUUUACGAAGAAUAGAUCAAAGAGAGAUCUCGCUGAUAUUAAGUGUUAUAAGUGUGGAAAAUUUGGGCAUAUCGCUCCAAAUUGCAAGCUUCAAAAGCUAAAGGCCUUAGAACUAGACGAUGGGUUACGUGACAAAGUUUAUAACUUGUCAUACACUUCCGGAUCAGAUUCUGAUUAUACUUAUUAUGAGACUGAGUCUGAAGCUGAGAUUGAUCUAAUAGAUUUAUCUGAAAGUAGUAAAGAUUUGGAUAAUGCUUGCGCCGCUUGUAAAGGAAUUUCUGAAUUUUCAAAUGAAAAGGGAAAAGAAAUCUCUGAUAAGAUUGAUUCGAUUAAUGAAAAUUCUGAUAUGUUUUUAGGAAUGAUGCAGGUUGUUAUGACUCAUAAGUGGUACAUUAAAUGUACUAUCUUGAUUGAUAAUAGUUUCUCUCUAACUGAUGUAGCAAUGAUUGAUAGUGGAGCAGAU